GAGCGGGACCCGCGGGACGCCGCAGGAGGGAGGAUGCCAGCCGGGCUCUGCUGGCCCGCGGCGGCCGCCCUGGCGCUGCUGUUGCUGGCGCUGCUGCUCGCCCUGUGCCGGCACCUGUGGGCGCUGCGCUGGACCCUCAGCCGGGACCGUACCAGCGCCCUGCCGCUGCCCAAGGGCUCCAUGGGCUGGCCCUUCUUCGGGGAGACACUGCACUGGCUGCUGCAGGGCUCCCGCUUCCACAGCUCCCGGCGGGAGCGCUACGGCAAUGUGUUCAAGACGCACUUGCUGGGCCGCCCGGUGGUGCGGGUGACGGGCGCCGAGAACGUCCGCAAGAUCCUGCUGGGCGAGCACACGCUGGUCAGCGCGCAGUGGCCCCAGAGCACCCAGAUCCUCCUGGGCUCCCACACCCUGCUCAGCUCCACGGGCGACCUGCACCGCCAGCGCCGCAAGAUCCUGGCCAGAGUGUUCUGCCGCGCUGCCCUGGAAAGCUACCUGCCGCGGAUCCAGAAGGUUGUGAGCUGGGAGCUGCGGGGCUGGUGCAUGCAGCCGGGCUCCAUCGCCGUUUAUUCCUCUGCUAAAACCUUAACUUUCCGCAUUGCAGCUCAGAUUCUGCUGGGACUCCGCCUGGAGGAAAAGCAGUUCAAGGACCUGGCCAAAACCUUUGAACAGCUGGUGGAGAACCUCUUCUCCCUGCCCCUCAAUGUGCCCUUCAGCGGGCUGCGCAAGGGCAUCAAAGCACGGGACAUGCUGCAUGAGUUCAUGGAGAAGGCCAUACAGGAGAAACUGCAGCGAACCAGCUCAGAAGAACACAGCGAUGCUCUGGAUUUCAUAAUAAACAGUGCCAAGGAGCACGGCAAAGAGUUCACCAUGCAGGAGCUGAAGGAGUCAGCCAUCGAGCUCAUAUUUGCUGCUUUUUUCACCACGGCCAGCGCCAGCACCUCCCUCAUCCUCCUGCUGCUAAAGCACCCCUCGGCAAUCGAAAAAAUCCAUCAGGAGCUGGCAUCCCAUGAGCUAUACCCACAGCACCAGCACUGCCCCACAGCAACCUGCCCAGGGGCAGGCAGGGACAGUGGGCAGCGACUCCUCACCACGGCCGGUGAUGCUCAUGAGGACCAGAGCCAGCCCCCUGGCCCCACGGAGGAGGCUGAGUUGGGGGAUGGCUGCUCCCCACAUCUCCCAGCCCCGCUGGAGCCCCCGUGCCCCCUGAGCAGCACCCAGCCCCGGGGCUGCCGCUGCCCCCCAGACAUCAGCCUGGAGCAGCUGAGCCGCCUGCACUACCUGGACUGUGUGGUCAAGGAGGUGCUGCGGGUGCUGCCGCCCGUCUCUGGGGGGUACAGGACUGCGCUGCAGACCUUCGAGCUUGAUGGUUACCAGAUCCCCAAGGGCUGGAGCGUUAUGUACAGCAUCCGUGACACGCAUGAGAUGGCUGCCAUCUACCAGAGCCCCCCUGGUGGCUUUGACCCUGACCGCUUCAAUGUCACCCAACCGGAGGCUGCUGGCCGCUUCCACUACAUCCCCUUUGGCGGCGGGGCACGGAGCUGCAUUGGCAAGGAGCUGGCACAGGCCAUCUUGAAGCUGCUGGCCAUUGAACUGGUCACCACAGCCCGCUGGGAGCUGGCCACCCCCACCUUCCCCGCCAUGCAGACCGUGCCCAUUGUGCACCCUGUUGAUGGGCUGCAGCUCUACUUCCACCCCCUGCAGCCCAGUCAUGGUGGCAAGGCCUGAGCCAGGCCGCUGAGCUCAGACUGGCGACAGUGCUCAUGGCUGGGCCGCUACAGCGCAAAGUCCCAGAGCUCUCUUUAUUUUUCCCCCUCCUGGUGCUCAGUGCAUUAGGGAGGGUCCCACAGAGCCCUGACCACUAAGGAGAGCCUCAGCCCCCCGUGCAGGCCCAUCACCCCCGCCCCCACACACAUCCUUGGGAGCAAAGCCCCGUUCCUGGCCCAGGGCUUUCUCCCGUGAGUGUGUGAAGGAGAGGCAGGAGGAACACCCUGCACACCACAGCUUUCUAGAGAUGAAAAAGAGGGAAGAUGGGAGCUCUCCAAGGAAACACACGCUAGGUCUGCCCAAUUCACAGCAUCAGCUGUAGGUAGGAUAACUGUGCCAAUAGGUUUUUAUUGUAAAUAUUUAAUCUCUUUCUUGCUCUUCCUAUUAGAGCCAGCGCAAAUGGGACAUUUGUUGCCUGAGCACCACACUGCUGCUUAGGGCCUGACAUGCAGCCCCACCCCAAGUCCCUGCAGGAUGCAGCCUGACAUGGGGCACGGAUCUGUGGGGAAUAAAUACUGCAAAAAUGGACAUUUCUGAACAGGCCUGCUUUGUGAGGGCAUGUCCUGUGCUCCUGCUGGUGCUGAUGCAGGGUGGAGGGACAUCUGCAUGGGGCCAUGGUGGCUGUCACAGGGUGGCUGUGACCCUGCCCUAGCCCAGCCCUGUGGCUAAGCACUGGCCAGUGGCUCUGGGACACCAUGGUGGUGCCUGGGGCUGAGCCCAGAAGCUGGGGGGGACGUUUUCAGGUUGCUUUUGAGUGCCCCACUAGGGUAUGAGUCUCUCCCAUGUACAAUGAUGUGAGUCCCGCUGCUUGUACUCCCAAAGUCUGGUGUCAGUGCUGGGCUGAAAGCCACCCUGCCCGGGCCAGUCCCCGUCACACAUCCGUGCUGGGGCACGCAGCAGGGCACAGCGCUGCCUGGGGCAGAAAUGUGGCUCCCAAAUGUGGCAGGUCAGAUCUGGAAGAGGUUGAACUGUGAGGCUGAGUUAAGUGCUGUU